AUGCGCAUCCUGCCGUCGGGGCACACGUGCUUGGGCCGGCACGCCCCGCGCACGUGGCCGCUCUCGAACUCCAGCUCUUGCCGGUCCACGAACAGCUGGCAGUCGCGGGGGCCGUGGCCCAGGCACGGGCCGGCCGACGAGCGAGUCGUUGGCCAGGUAGCGCGCGAAGUCGGGCUGCGGCAGCGCCGCGCCCGCCGCCGCCGCCGCCAGAGACACAACGCACAACGACGCGAGGUGAAGCAUCUCGCCGAACGCCUUGGACCCGUCUGCGGCCGCGCGCGCGCCGCCAGGAGCACAAGUACAAGAAGGUGGCUGCGCGGCCGGCGGUCAGCGGUCGCCACUUGCGGCCGGCGCUUCCGCCGACGCCACGCCAAGCUACGCGUCCCGACGCGUCCCAACGCGCGGCCCGGGGCUCCCGGGGCGAAGUCGCCCGUUGCGCAACGCCUUUCUGCCGCACGGGAGCCACUCCCGUCGCGCGUCACCAACCGCCGCCCUGCGGGGCCGCGUCCGGGUUUCCCUUCUUUUGAACAAGCCCCAGACGUUUCCUGGGACGCGAUGCUGCUUGGUCUCGCUUCGCAUCAACCGGCGGAUUUUUCCAGAAGCGAGUCUGAUUUCUGGACGCACACACGAAGUAGUUCACGUCUUCAGAAACCGUCAGAAAUUACAUUGAAAUUCCAACAAUGUGCCAAUGCCAGUUCUGACAGCCGCAAUUCAAAUAAAAACUUGCCGUUAGAAUUUCUUCCUUUCAUUUGGCGUCUGCGAGAAUUCUCGUGCGCGCGCGGAAACUUCGGGAAUGGAGCCACGUCGCUCCCAAAUUCUUUGCUGCGUCUGGAGCCAACGGCUUCAAGCGACGUUCUCCAGCGCAGCAAGUCUCCGCAGCACACGUGGGCGCUGCAUGCACCCCAGAGUCAGCAUCUACUUGGUUCGAGAGACGUCGCGUCCUCGGCGGAGAUGUCAACGUUUCUGCCGCCAUGUCGUAGCCUUUCUCAGGGCACAAUGAGACACGUCCGAGAUGUGAUAGGCCGUAGGCCUCAAAGUUUACAUCUUAGGCUAGGACGGGCUCCCAAACAGCCA